GGCAAACUGUUAAGGAUAAAAAAUGGAUGAAGGCGUGCAGCAGAUCCUGACCGAGCCUCUGAGCCUGGCAAUCUUUGCUGGGAUUGGAAUUGUCAUGUUGUGUAGCGUGAUCAGCAACUUUGUCAUCCUGGUGGCUAUCCACGUUGACAAAUCGAUGCAGAGCGUAGGCUACAUGUUCAUCGGCUCUAAGACCGUGGUCGACCUGCUGACCUUCGUGCUGGUGGUGCCGCUGGCCGCCGUCGAUGACCUGCUCAGUUACUGGCCUUUCAGCAACGCUCUGUGCGACCUAUGGCUGGCUUCGGACAUCACGCUGGUCACAGUGCCCAUUUUCACGCUGCUCGCCCUUUCCGUCGACAGGUACAUCCACAUGAAGUACGCCACUUUCUACCUGAGGUUCGUCACCAGGAAGGUUGUUAUAUUGGCAAACGUGCUGGCGUGGAUUCUGUCAACGGGCGUGUUCUUAGUGCCGUGGACCGCUGAUCUCCACCGCGUGGGCCUCCGCAUGGACACGCAGAACCGCACGCUGUGCAUCGCCGAGUUCCCGCCGAGCCUUUCGUUCACAUUCUCGGCCCUGUCAUUCGUGCUGCCGAGCGCUUGCAUGUUAGUCGUCUACAGACGCAUUUACUCCUACUCGAGGCGCACUACCAAGGAGUUUGAGCUCAUCUUCAAGAGCCUGCAGGUCAACUACCCUGAGCUGGACCCCAAGAUUCCGUUUCAGUCCGAGUGCAAGGCCACCAACACCAUCGGCAUCAUCAUGACCAUCUUUGUCGUCUGCUGGGCCCCAUUCUUUGUGGCAAUCAUGGUGAGGGCCAUUUACCCCGAAUACUGUUGCGCCAGAUGGGUUUUUAAGGCUGUGCAUUGGCUUGGCUACUGCAACUGCGUGCUGUGCCCGCUGAUUUACGUGUCGACGAACGCACGGUUCAGGGCGGCAUUCGCCAAAACGCUCGGCUGCAUCAACGAGGAGACGUACACACGGAAAGUCAGUGUCGAGUUCGAGAAAGCGAAAAAGCGACGUCGAGAGUCGAAACCGUGA